CGUUAGUGUUCGAAUUUUUAACGCUACAAUGCCUGAACCCACCAAGUCCGCUCCGGCCCCGAAGAAGGGCUCCAAGAAGGCGGUAACCAAGGCGCAGAAGAAAGAUGGCAAGAAGCGCAAGCGCAGUCGCAAGGAGAGUUACUCCGUGUACGUGUACAAGGUGCUGAAGCAGGUCCACCCAGACACCGGUAUCUCGUCCAAGGCCAUGGGCAUCAUGAACUCGUUCGUCAACGACAUCUUCGAGCGCAUCGCGGGCGAGGCGUCGCGCUUGGCGCAUUAUAACAAGCGCUCGACCAUCACGUCCAGAGAGAUCCAGACGGCCGUGCGCCUGCUGCUGCCCGGGGAGCUGGCCAAGCACGCCGUGUCUGAGGGCACCAAGGCUGUCACCAAGUACACCAGCUCCAAGUAAACUUGCCAAGAAAGAAGGAGGAGGAGCAUGG